GUUAGAUUUGAUGGAUAUUAACAAGUCUAUUUUUCAAUGUCAGUGAUUUUUCGCCAUCAACUAAGGCCUUAUCACGAAAUACGUUUAAUGUAACACAAACAGUAGGACUGUAUAUUUAUAUGCUUAUGUAACUCCUUUAGUACACCUGACAGAAUAGUGAAUUUUCACGAGUGACUUCCACUGCCCAGGAUGGGAGAUACUACAGAAGAUGAUCGACGAAGUGGGAAAUCUGAAGUGAUCGUAGUAAGCGACAUCGUAGUUCAAGAUUCAAGACGUCAUAGUUCAAGUGUGCAGAGAACAAGAUCAAAUAGUGCCUGUUCAGCAGACUUAGAAACAGCAAUUACAAAAACAGGAUGUGGGAAGUUCAACAUUGCCUUGCUUUUACUCUCAUUUCCUGUAUCAUGUACCAGUGGCUUCGAUACAGGUUCGAUGUCUUUUGUGAUACCAGCAGCAUCAGUGGACUUAGGCCUCACGUAUGAUAAUGUCAGGACUCGUAUGGGGCUUCUUGUCGGAUGCUUUCGGCAGGAAGAAACUCCUAGUAUGGCCAUGUGGAUAAUUCCAAUUCAAGUUCCCAGUGAGAUACCAUUCACAUCCUGGCAGCUCUUCCAGAUGGCUUGUUGCCUACCUGCUCUUAUCAGUGGUAUCGGAUGUAUCUUUUUCGUUGAAUCCCCAAAAUUUUUGGCUGACAAAGGAAAUCACGAAGGCGCUCUCAAAGUAUGCCAGACUAUAUAUUCCAUCAACACUGGUAACUUAUCUACUACUUAUCCAAUAAAAAGGCUGAAACAUACGGGGAGGAAGAAUGAAAAAAAAUCUAAUUUCUCAAAGUUCUUAGAUGGAAUGGACAUAUUUAGACCUCCAUUUAUUCAGAAGGCAGCGAUAAUAUUUAUUAUCCAUUUAGGAGCGGUUGGCUCACACAAUGUUUUCCGACUAUGGCUGCCAGAAAUUUUUACACUUGUUGGUUCAUCAACGUUAGAUCCCAAAGAAGGAAUUUGUCCUCUCCUGUACGAAGGUAACUUGGGAAGAAGCAACUUAACAUCAGCAGAUUUGAAAAGUGAGGAAGUUUUUUCAAAAAUGGUGCUGGUGAAUACUGGUUGCCUUAUAGCGCAGAUAAUAUUUUUGUUCAUCGUGAGUUACAUAGGAAAGAAAAUAAUACAACUAAACUGUACCUUGGUGGCUGCAAUCUGCUCGCUUUUAAUACCAUUUAUUAGUGCUGAUUAUGUCAUCAUAUUGGCCUCGAUUUUUGUUUCUCUGUUUAAAAUUAGCGUCUCUUGCAACAUAAGCAUAGUUGUAGAAAUAUUUCCAACAAGAAUCAGCUACGGCACUACUAAUACUUCUGAUACCACAGAGGCCGAUAGAAGAUAAUGUUUCGAACCCUUCAACAAAAAGAAACUAACAAUGUAUCUCAUGGACACAAUAUAUAUUGUAAUUCUAAAAUUUUAAAAUGUUAACUUAUUCUAAAUAAUGAUUUGUUUUGAAAAAGCCUAAGUCUCAACUUUCUUUUCAAUAUUGUACAUAGAAAUAAAGAAAUGUACUUAUAUUGACUUAUAUAUGGCAAAAGGUCUGACUUAAAUUAAAAGUGAAAUCUUUUGAAAUACAUAAUUCAAGAAAUGAAAUCCCAAGAUCAGAACCACAAAGGGGAUAUGUAAAAUAGGAAAUAAACUUUUUGUACUUAAAUAUUUUAAUAUUAUUAAUAAAAAUUAUUAAUAAUUA